AUGCCCUUAUUGGACCAGGAGACCAGGGGAACCACAUUGUGCCGUCUGGGCGUAGUUGACCCAUUUCAUGAUGUUUACCAGGUAAUAUUGGGCCGAGAUCUACUUAAGCCGUAUCUCCCCUGGACGCAGCUCCCAAGACCAGAUGUACCGUACACCUGCAGCAUGCCAGAUAACCAACCCUCAAUUCUAGAUUCAGAGGCUAGUGCCUCCGAUGUCCCCGACAUCCUUUCCAUUUGUGAACCUGGCCCUGACCCAGUGAAAGACACCUGCCCUCGCCCUCAGUCGGCUGCAGUCGUGACCUCGGACGGAUGUCCAACCACCAACCUUCCAUUUAGGCCUAUCCAUGGCGUUACUGGCAUGCCCAGACCCCACAGACCUGAGACAAAGCCGGAUGCCACAUUUCUACAAAGGUCCACUGAUCAUGGCAUCCAGGGAGUUGAGGUGGCAACCGUAUCUUCCCUGGUGAGCGAGGGAGAAGGGGGAGGUUGGGUGACCUCAUCUGACCUUAAUUACAGCCUAGAAAGGUCAGUCAGUCUCGCCGAGAUUAGCGUCGAAUGCAGAGCUUACAAUUCUGUCCGCGACGCUGUCGUUAAGGAGACUCGUGUCAUCAGUGUUAUCAAGCCCCCGGGGCGUCCCAGCCUGCAGGUGGAGGGGGUGGGGGACGUGGUGGCCGGGGGCCAGUUGGUGGUCAAGUGUAGCAGCGCAGGAGGCAAUCCACAUCCGGGCGUCACAAUCUACAAAGGCCACGAGAAGCUCCUGACGGAGGUGACGGUCGACGGGAGAGUGACCAUAGCGAGAGCCGUUACAGAGGUCACACCCUCCGACAACGGAGCCAAGAUCUCUUGCCAGGUCUCAAAUCCAGCGACUGACGCGCCCCUGGUGGCAACAACGCCAAUCGAGUUGUUCUUUCCUCCUUGGGAAGUGAAGGCCGGGGUCUCCCCGACCAACGUCUCCGCGGGUCAAGUCGCAAAGCUGAUCUGUGAGUCGUCCUCGAGCCUUCCUGCUUCGACCAUCACUUGGAGGUCGGGCUCAGUCACCAACCACGGAGCCACUUCCAUGCACAGUCGGGGCUCUAUGGAGGUCAGGUCCACCAGAUAUUCUAAAUCUGGCAAAACGCUAUUCCCCCCCACCCCCACCCAGCCCCCAUCUACCUCCAACCAGCCCACCUCCCAUCCAAAAGUCCUCAAUCUGAAAAUAUGGAAUUUUUUAAAAGUCACAUUACCGAAUGAAUGCUGA